UCAUCAACUGUGCAAUAUAAUUGUGCUUUUGACAGCUUUCUUUUUCUCAAUAAGUACUAUUGCGAGAUCAUCUCUCAGAUUAUAUGUCCUCUUGCAGAUGUUGAUGAGUGUACUGGGCCAAACAACCCUUGCUCUCAUAUAUGUAGCAACACCCCUGGCAGUUACAAAUGCUCUUGCCCUAAAGGAUAUCGUGGUGAUGGUCUGAAGAAUGGCACCCAUUGUUCUACUGAUCGUUCAGAGUUUGUAACAAGGUUCAGUUUAGGUAUGAGCUUUGGAUUCUUGUUGUUGGUAAUUGUGGUGAGUUGGAUAUAUUUCAUCAUCAAAAAAAGGAAACUUAUGAAAAUACGGGGGAAAUUCUUUGAGCAGAAUGGAGGAAUACUAAUGACACAACAACUUUCUCCAAAUGGAGGAACUAUGGAGUCAUCGAAAUUAUUUUCUGCUGCUGAAUUAAAAGCCGCAACAAAUAAUUAUCGUGAAGAUCGUAUUCUAGGGAAAGGUGGUUAUGGUACAGUAUACAAGGGUCUUUUAAAGGACGGUCGUGAAGUUGCAAUCAAGAAAUCUAAAGUGGCUGAUCAAACUCAGGUUGAGCAAUUCAUUAAUGAAGUAGUUAUUUUGACGCAAAUCAAUCAUCGAAAUGUGGUGAAACUUCUAGGAUGUUGUCUUGAAACUGAGGUUCCUUUGCUCGUAUAUGAAGUUAUCUCAAAUGGUACUCUCUACGAACAUAUCCAUAGAUAUAAAGGUAUGACAUCUUGGCUUACUUGGGCAAAUUGCGUAAGGCUUGCCACGGAGGCUGCUGAUGCACUUUCAUAUCUCCAUUCAGCCGCAUCAAUACCAAUAAUUCAUAGAGAUGUUAAAUCCACCAACAUACUACUAGACGAAGCUUAUACUGCCAAAAUAGCUGAUUUUGGUGCCUCAAGGUUAGUACCGAUUGAUCAAACACAAGUGACAACAUUAGUUCAAGGUACGUUGGGAUAUCUGGAUCCAGAGUACUUCCAUACAAGCCAGUUGACAGAGAAAAGUGAUGUUUAUAGCUUCGGAGUUGUCCUUGCAGAGCUUUUAACCAAAGAAAUACCUCUUUCCUCACAAAGAAAAAUGGAAGAGAGAAACUUGGCAACAUACUUUGUCUUGUCGAUGAAAGAAGAUCGCCUAAUGGAAAUCCUUGAUCCUCAGCUAGUGAGGGAAGCUAGUGAAGUGCAGCUAGCUACAAUGGCCAAUCUUGUAAGGAAAUGCCUAAAUGUUCGAGGCGAAGAUAGGCCUACCAUGAAGGAAGUGGCUCUUGAAUUAGAGGGAUUAAAGAAGCAAAGCAGGCAUCCUUGGGGCGAGCAAAACUACGAGGAGACAACUGGUUUAAUGGGGCAACAUGAUCUGUACCCGGUGUCUUCAAAUGGUAAUCCAAGUACUGGGGAAUUUUCUGGACAAUACUCGGUGCAAAUGGAUAUAAUUACUGAAAUGAAUCGCCCUCGUUGAUACUUCUAGCAUGCAAUUCUUCUUUCCAAAGUAAAAAGAAAAAAAUUACUAGAAACCACCUUCGAACUAAUUUGUUUCUUGUUGAUAUUUGUUGCUGAUCUUUCAUUUUAUUGUUGUCGAAGUCUUAUGAUUUGCCCUCUC